CUAAAGGCGGCCAGCAGGGGCGCUGCUCGCCUCGCGCUGUUUCAUUGUUUGUGUUGUGCUGCUUCACCGCCGGACAGAGGAAAAUGGCGGACGGUGUGGAUCACAUCGAUAUUUACGCCGACGUAGAGGAGGAAUUUAACCAGGAAGCUGACUAUCCAGUUCACGAGCAGAUCGACCUGUAUGAUGAUGUAAUAUCUCCAUCAGCCAACAAUGGUGAUGCUCCAGAGGAUCGUGAUUACCUGGAUGCACUGCCUGCGCCAGGUGGCACAGAGGGAGGGAAGAGUGCCCCACCAAAUGUGGUGUACACCUACACAGGCAAAAGGAUUGCCUUGUACAUAGGGAAUCUUACAUGGUGGACAACAGAUGAAGACUUGACAGAAGCCAUCCGGUCGAUAGGCAUUACAGAUGUUCUGGAGAUCAAAUUCUUUGAAAACAGAGCCAAUGGCCAGUCGAAGGGGUUUGCUCUGGUGUGUGUUGGCUCAGAGGCAUCAUCUAGAAAAUUAAUGGAGCUGCUUUCAAAAAGGGAGCUCCAUGGUCAGAAUCCCAUCGUCACACCAUGCAACAAACAGUCCCUCAGCCAAUUUGAGAUGCAGUCACGCAAAAGUACCCAGUCGGGCCAGAUGUCUGGGGAAGGUAAAGCUGGUCCUCCUGGUUCUGGCCCCCGUGGUGGUUUCCCCAUGGGUGGCCGAGGCAGAAGCAGGUUCCCUGGACCACCUGGCCCUGGAGGAGACCGCUUUCCUGGUCCUGUCGGGCCUGGAGGCCCACCACCACACUUCCCUGGCUCGGGGAUGAGACCAGAUCUGGUUAGGCACCAAGAUGGCCCUCUGAUGGAUAUGAGUUUCAGUCCCUUCCCGCCGGGGGGCAGGAACGGGAGCUGGCGCGACAGAGGUGGUAUGCAGGGUCCUCCACGUCCACCUCCCGGUCCACCUGGUCCCCCUGGUCCUCCAGGACCUCCACCUCCUGGCCAAGGCCUCCCCCCUCCCUUAGCUGGUCCCCCAAACCGUGGGGACAGACCUCCUCCUCCUGUUCUUUUCCCCAGUCAAUUUGGUCAGCCACCAAUGGGACCUCUCCCACCAGGCCCCCCUCCUCCAGGUUACGGCCCUCCUCCUGGUCCCCCACCACCUCAACAGGGCCCCCCACCUCCAGGACCCUUCCCUCCUCGUCCUCCAGGCCCCAUUGGCCCACCAAUGGCUUUGGCUCCACCACCACACAUGCCAGGUCCUCCACCAGGUGGCCCACCACCAGCUCCCCAUGUGAACCCUGCCUUCUUCCCCCCACCUGGCAACAACAGCAUGCCCCCCAACGACAGCCGAGGCCCCCCAGGACCAAACGACCCAUACGGACGCCCACCACCAUAUGACAGAGACUAUGGUCCUGGAGGACGGGAGAUGGAGGCAUCACGGACCCCUCUGAGCGAAGCAGAGUUUGAAGAGAUCAUGAACAGGAACAGAGCUAUCUCCUCCAGCGCCAUAUCUAGGGCUGUAUCUGAUGCCAGUGCAGCUGAUUAUGGCAGUGCUAUAGAGACUUUGGUGACAGCCAUCAGUCUGAUUAAACAGUCCAAAGUGUCAGCAGACGACCGCUGUAAGGUCCUCAUCAGUUCCCUGCAGGACUGUCUCCAUGGCAUCGAAUCAAAAAGCUACGGCUCUGCCUCCAGACGAGAACGUUCCAGAGAGCGUGACCACAGCCGCUCUAGGGAAAAGAGCCGGCGACACAAGUCUCGCAGCCGCGACAGGCAUGAGGACUAUUACAGAGAACGGAGUCGGGAGAGGGAUCGCCAUCGUGAGAGGGACCGAGACCGAGACCGGGAAAGAGAGAGGGAGAGGGAGUAUCGGCACCGCUAGUGGAGAACGGAGCUUACGAGGAUCAAGGAUGGAUGGAAGGAAGGAAAAGGAGGAACGCUUUCAGUGCACCACUCCCUGCCCGCCUUUGCAUGACCGGACAGGAUUACCGACACCACCAUCUCUUCCUCCACCCCCUUCAUUUCUCCUCUCCUCUCCUUCUCCACCCAUCCUUCUCUCUGUCUGUUGUCUAAGAGCAGUGGAUGGAAGACCCUGACCUGUGUAAGCCUAUGUUAUCCAAACAUUUAUUCUCAUGGUAACUAAAGAUGAAAGAAAAGAAACUUUCCAAACAGCUGUUUUGUUUUUAUGAUGUUUUAUUUCACAUGAAGUAUGAGUGAUGCUUUUUUGCAAAGAAACAAUAAAAUGGCCCGCACGAUCCCCUGAUAGAAGACACAUUACAUCCUAUUUGUUUUUUUGUUUUGUUUUGUUUUCUUUGGCUCGCUGUACUGUGUACAUUAAGUUUAGAGAGAAGUUUGAUGUGUUCUCCCCUACCCACCCUCUCAUUCUCAUUUAUUCUUUUCAUAGUUAGUCUGUUUGUAAAUGUCCGCUUUUUGAUUAAAAACUAGAUGGUGUUGUAAUAAAAAAUGUUUACUGAGGUACACUCUGCAUUUGGUGAAUUCCUCUUCAUGUUUGGUUCAUUUAUAUUAAAUGUAUAUUUUGGACAGCAUAAUGUUUUUGAAUUUGUCUACUUGUAGAUGAUUCUUUUUUAGCUGUAGUAGCAAAUGGAUACAGUCACUUUUUUAUUUUCUUUCUACAAAUGGAUAAAACCUUUACAAGGUAAGACAGUCGGAUGAAUGUACCAUUUUACAAUGUGCACUUAUCGGUGGACGGACAAGUCAAAAUGUCUACUGAUUAACUCAACACUUCAGGCAGCUUUGGUGCAAACCAAAGAGAACACUGCUGUUGGACAAAGUGUUUUUUAAUAUUUAAAUCUUCUGUUAUCGUCCUCAGUGCAGAAUUGAAUCGUCUUUGUGGUGUGUUUUGUUACUGUGAAUAACAUUCAUGUCUAACUCAGUAACCCAUGUUGAUUCAUGCAGCCAUUGCAGUUUAAACUGACAUGAAAGAAGCCACAAUAUUUUUCUCUUUUGUUUUACACCCAGCAUGUUUUAUGUGUUGAAGUUUUUCAGGCUUUGCCCUUUUCACCUCAGAUAUAAAAAACAAAUUUACAUGAUGCGCACAUUAACUUGUGAUAUGUUAAAGAUGUAAAAUUCACUACAUCAGCGUAGGGUUCAUUUUCCAUGCAACACUUGUUUUCUGCCAGUCAUGUUAAUGUCUUGCAUGUUUGUUGAAAUACACUGUCAGCGAACUGUUACACAGAAAUUUUAGUUUGUCACGUUUAAGGUACAGGUUUGAAAAAAGCAUUGACCUUGAUGUUUUGUUUUCUUUUUGUUCUUUCAGAUCUAAAUAUUUAAGUACAAAUAAUUCUGGCUUAGCUGCCCUAAUAAAGAUAUUUAUAAGAUCAAAGCAGUUUUUAGCUAAAUAGAACAACAUUUAAAAUAUACACUGCUGUUCAAAAGUUUGGGGUCAUCCAGACAAUGUUUUCCAUGAAAACUCAGUUUUUUUCAUGCGCUAACAAAAUUACAUCAGGAUUUUCUGAUCAUCUUUUAGCCUUUCAACACCAUUAGCUAACACGAUGUAGCAUUAGAACACAGGAGUGAUGGUUGCUGGAAAUGUUCCUCUGUACCUCUAUGGAGAUGUUCCAUGAAAAAUCAGCUGUUUCCAGAUAGAAUAGUCAUUUACCACAUUAACAAUGUCUAGACUGGAUUUCUAGUUAGUGUUAUCUUCAUUGAAAAAACUACUUUUCUUUCAAAUAUAAGGACAUUUCUCAGUGACCUCAAGCUUUUGAACAGUAGUGUGUGUGUGUGUGUCUAUAUAUACAUAUAUAUAUAUAUAUAUAUAUAUAUAUAGGUAUUCUGAGGUGCAGUUCUGCAACAGUGUUUCAUCUUGUGUGUGAUUGCCGUUUGUACUCAAAAUGAAUAUGGAUGAACUGCAAUUAAAACUAAGAUUUUUUUUUUUUAGCAAGGCCAAAUUCCCAACAAGCUGAUAUUAAUUGGUUAUCAAAUGCAGUGCCUGUUUAAUUUGACCUGUGUUGUUUAACUUUAAGCAUCUUGCGUCUAACAUGACCUCACUGAGCAUCAUUCGUUUCUUUGUACAGCUGCUGUUUUUGAUUAUAGUCUGUCAUCCCCUGAAAUACUGCCGAAGGUAUCUGGUGAAUGUAGACAUUGAUAACUCCCACGGUUAAGCUGUUAUUCAGACUGUAACAGCAUCUUUAUAUUUUUGAGACCCCGAUAAGACUCUUAAAAUGUAUUCUGGUGCAGUAUACUUUUUUUUUUUUUAAGUGUUUUCGUAUUCAUGAAUGUUAAUCCCUUUGCUACAGUAAUCCUGUAAAGUCUGUAGGAAAUUAAUGAGACUUUGAGAUUUGUACUGAAAAUCGUGAAUUGGGUUUUAAUACAAAAACAGACUGGAAGUGGAGCCUUGUUAGCAUAAAGAGGUAGAAAAUGUACAUACUCAUUGUCUGAAACAGUUCCUUAAAACAUGUUUAGACUCCCAGUCAUGGAUUUGAUUGGUUUUGGCUGAAUGUGUGUACAGGCCCAGUUAGAUUGGCUUCCUUUUCUCUGUUUGGUUGAUCCUGUAGAGACAUGAUGCUUUACAUCGAGAAGUCAAGUCAGCCUUUAUAGGAUGAUGUGUUUUGGUUUCGUAUAGUUGGAUGUCGCUUGCUUUGUGUUAGAUUCUCUCCACAGGGCUGAAGGUAAGUUCUCAGGUCAACCUCACACUCAGCAGAUGAAGAAGCAAGAAGUCUGGCUGAACGCUGCAUCAUGCAAGACACUUUACCCCCACAAGCAGGUGGAAAGUAUCCAUUCUUAUGGUUUUGCAGUAUUUGAAAUUUUUUAAUGUUGCCAUCAGUAGUCACUACCUAAGCUACCUUUUUUAUUUGGGAGAUUAUUUUAAAUGCCCAACCUGCAAAUUAAGACUUUUUGUAGUGUGGAGGAUUUUUAAAAAAAAAAGUUUUUUUCUGUUUUAAGGCAUUGUAUGUUGGCACAGCUGUUUAGACUUGGCCUUGUGAAAAGCAGAUCUUUUCUUGGCCACAUGGGUUUAUAAAGUUCUGUUUUACAAAAGCUGUCUAAUGAAUUCUGUCCUCAUAAUAGUAUCAACAUUUGUACACUUCUCAAUCAAUGAGGGCAAAUAUUAGUGUGUUUCCAUUGGGGAUUGCUGGUAAUAUUUUCAUGCAGUUAUACAUUUGUGCCUGGGAUAAGUGCAUAAUAGGCAAAGGAACUGUCAGUGGUUGCAAAUAAAAGCUUUUAAUUCA